AUUUAUUUAUUUUGUACUGCCUCAGCUGUUACUGUACUUUGUGCAGCUAUUACCCAGCUUACAAGGAAGGUGUGUAGCUGUCAAAAGCAUUUUUUUUCCAUUAGCACGAAUCUGUAGUACACAAGAAUGGCGAAAAAGAUCAGAGGUGGACCUGUGGUGGAAAUGCAGGGUGAUGAGAUGACUCGAGUGAUCUGGGAGGUUAUCAAGGAAAAGCUGAUCUGUCCUUAUGUGGAGCUGGAUUUGCACAGCUUUGAUUUAGGAAUUGAAAAUCGUGAUGCUACAGAAGACAGAGUCACUGUUGAGGCUGCUGAAGCCAUUAAGAAGUACAAUGUAGGUAUUAAGUGUGCUACUAUCACCCCAGAUGAAAAGAGAGUAGAAGAGUUCAAACUGAAGAAAAUGUGGAAGUCUCCCAAUGGCACAAUUCGUAACAUACUGGGUGGCACAGUGUUCAGAGAAGCUAUCAUUUGUAAGAACAUUCCUCGGCUGGUGACUGGAUGGGUCAAGCCCAUCAUUAUUGGCCGUCAUGCUUAUGGGGACCAAUACAGAGCUACAGAUUUUGUUGUCCCUGGUCCAGGAAAGCUGGAGCUCUUCUUCACACCAAAAAAUGGCGGAGAACGAAUCCAGUAUGUGGUCCAUGACUUUGAAGACUGUGGUGGUGUGGCUCUCGGAAUGUAUAAUACAGACAAGUCCAUCACUGACUUCGCUCACAGCUCUUUCCAGAUGGCUCUUACUAAAUGUUUGCCUCUCUACAUGAGCACAAAGAACACAAUCUUGAAGAAAUACGAUGGGCGCUUUAAAGACAUCUUCCAAGAAAUCUAUGAAAAGGAGUACAAAUCUCACUUUGAAGCCAAAGGGAUAUUGUAUGAACAUCGGUUAAUUGAUGACAUGGUAGCACAAGCUCUGAAAUCAGAAGGGGGCUUUAUCUGGGCCUGCAAAAACUAUGAUGGUGAUGUCCAGUCUGACUCUGUUGCACAAGGAUAUGGUUCUUUGGGGAUGAUGACCAGUGUCCUGAUCUGUCCAGAUGGCAAGACAGUUGAAGCAGAAGCUGCUCAUGGAACAGUGACUCGGCAUUACCGCUUUUUUCAACAGGGCAAAGAAACCUCCACCAAUCCUAUUGCAUCCAUCUUUGCAUGGACUCGUGGCUUAGCUCACAGAGCAAAGCUGGAUAAAAACAGUGAGCUCAACAACUUUGCCACAGCACUUGAAGAGGUCUGCAUUGAGACCAUUGAGUCAGGCUACAUGACAAAGGACCUUGCAGCUUGCAUUAAAGGUUUGCCAAAUGUACAACGUUCUGACUACCUUGAAACAUUUGAAUUCAUGGACAAACUUGCAGAAAACUUGAAACUGAAGCUGGCUUCUCAACCUAAACUUUAGGUUGAGCUGCACCUUGGAGAAUGUCGAUCUUUGGAUUGUAUUUGACAGUCCUUGGAGUGAAUGUUCCUGUUUUACAGACUACAAAUAUCUCUGGGAAAAAUACUGUACUUUUCUGAAUGCAUAGUACUAUAUAUAAUUCACUCCCUUUUCAUGCACUAAAAUUUAUCUGAUUUCUGUAAUAACAUAAAUGGAAUAAUUAUGAUCUUUAAUACACGUGAAUGUCUUUUUAUAAGCUAAUUAUUUUACUGAACUAAAUAGCACUGAAUGGAUGAUAGCUUAAAUAAUGUUUAAUGGUGUCCUGUCUUAGGUAUAUUUCCAUCCAUCUCUCAGCUUACUUGGUGACAUUCAUAUUACUUCCUUUGAUUCUAAUUAGAGGCAUUACUUCUUAGACCAAAUGUACUUUACUAGUGUUGCACACAAUUGCCAAAUUAAAACAUUCUGACCAGUUUAAGACCUAGCUGGUAAAAGGUGUAUACUGUGGCCAAGAUCCAGAGUAAUGUGAGGAAGAAAAAUGACUUUUUUCUGGAAAGAAAUUUCAUUUGCACCCUUGCUUGUAUUGCAGUAUCUAUGUAAAAGUUCUGUGUAGUACGCAGUUGCAAAAUUUGACACCAUCUCUAAGAAGUUUUUCUGUAAUUCCUGUAUCUAGUUGUUAUUGCUGAUGAGCUGAUAUUAAUGUUUUUUGUAACUGGAGACGAGAAGUAAAUAUUUACUAAUCAUUGGUCUUUUGAGAAAGAAAUAGUUUCCUUUUUUGUCUUGUCAUUUGGUUCCUCUUCCUUCACCAUGUGGAAGAAGUCCCAUCCAUGACAUAUGUCUUGGACCAAAUUCCCAUUUGGCACAUUGAUCAAAAGCUACUGUUUUUCUCUUGCAGUUGGACACUUAGUGCAGGCAGAUUAAAUGCUGCAGUGGACUAGGCUUCAAUAGCAAGCAUUUUCUAAGCAGCUCUUUGAUUUCUUUUUGGAAGACAAGCGCACAGGAUGUACAGCAACACUAGUCUGUCCUUUCUGCACAUAGAUGGCUUGUGGCUCAUGGGAUCACCAUUUCCUUUGCUAGUUAUUUCCAUGCACUGAUUGCUGUCAUAUCUGUUCUGUAGGGAGCAAAAGAUAUAACUGUCAUGUGUCUAAUACCUCUCCAGUCCAUCCUAACCCACUGGUAUCCUAGAUUCAUUCUGAAUCUGAAAAGCUGGAAUCAUAUAUUCAAAUUUAAUAUUGUCAUGCCAGCCUAAAACCAUUGUUUUACAAUAAUGCCUUUCAUGUACUGGUAUUUCUGUGCAUUACAGGUAGUUUUUGGUUUUAUAAUCUGUGAAAAUAAUUUUCAUUGUUCUUAUAACAACUUUACCUUGUUAAUAAUAUUAGGUAAUUUAUUUGCUUGUUUUCCUUGACAGAUCAUUGUUGCUUAUACUUGCAUGUUCACCGAUCUUAAAAAUCUAAGACAAAACAGUAACAAGCCACAAAUGAAACAGGGUUAAAUCUCUUGUGUGUAUGACAUUAACUGUCUUGUUUUGCACACCACAUUGGGAUGAUCUGAUAAAGACUUCUCAAAGAUUUGAUUGUAUAAAGGCAAUACGCCUGGCUGGAGUUACUUUUAAAUUAGCAGAGAUAUAACUGUCUCUUAUUAGUUUGUUACUCCAUUGUGUGAGCUGUACCAGGUGUCUAAUUAAAAUCUGGUGGAAAGCCAA